CACCAGUCUUCGAAUCUUCGAAUCCAUCCACAACAUUACUUAAAGGGUAAUAGCGAACUAUUCUGCAACCAUGAAGGUUACUUUGACACUCAAGCGAGCCCCUUCCGCCGACGACAUCGCCUUCCUCUACGAUUCCCUUAGAGCUAUUCAUCCCGACGUUAAGGAGACCUCCCGCGAAGGCCUUAGCAUCUGUUUCGCAGCGCCUACCACCGACGUCGAAGAAUUUGUCGAUCUAUUCUUGUCAUGGCUUUACUCUCCGGACUCAAUCAUGGAGGGCUACGCACUAUUCGAUGCUUUCCCCGCCGUCCUGGAGGUGGCCCAGGCUCUGACCAUCGCCGUCCUUCUAUUCCCUUAUCAGCCGCUUUUCCAGACAUUGCAGGAUGUAAUUCCCUAG